GAAACUUUCACGGCACUUAAAAUUUAGUCUGCAUCGAAUUGAAUGGUAUAUAUUUUUUCCCACUUGGUUCUAACUGCACGUGUAAAAAUGGCGUCGCUAACGAGUGUACGAUUUAUCGUGCGAAAUACCGGCAUUUUAAGAAAUUCCCGUCGUUGCUUAAACAUUCUUCAAAAUGAAAUGACACACAAAAUUCAAGAGAGAUUCAUUCACAAUGCUACAAGGUGUUCACUGUCAAUUCAAAAGAAUCUACCUACCCAGGUAAUUAGUAAUCAAAUGCGAAAUUGUUCGACAGUCGAGAAAUCAUCACCAAAGGAAAUUGAGGAGCGAGUUAUGAAAGUUGUAGCGACGUACGAUAAAGUUACAGCUGAUAAGGACUUAACGGAUUUACGAGUCAAGCAGGUGCGUCACUACAGUGCGCCGGAACCGAGAAGUUUAAAAAUAAUCACCGAUCGUGUCCUCUUGUGUCUCAAAUUGUUUGACAAAAUUGAUCCAGAAAAGUUGCGCACCGAGUCGCAUUUCAUCACUGACUUGGGUCUCGAUUCAUUGGAUCACGUUGAAAUUAUAAUGGCGAUAGAGGACGAAUUUGGUUUUGAAAUACCAGAUAUGGAUGCGGAAAGAUUAAUGAGACCAGCCGAUAUAAUUCGCUAUAUAGGAGAUAAACAAGACGUUUAUGAAUAAAAAUUAUUCAUCACUCACUAUUUUUAUUCUAUAAUAUUCUUAAUGAUAAACAUUAGUCAAAAAAGUUCUCUAAACAAUUUUUAAUUGCCAACGGAAAGGAGACGUCUGUCGUUAAACAAAAAAAAAAAGAAGAAAAACGUCACUGCGAAUAUAUAUUUUUUUUCUUUCCUACAUUUCUUUUUCAUGUAUAUAGGCAAAUCAUUCUUGUACUAUCGAAAAUGCCACAAAAUGUUAGAAAAAUAAAAAGAAAUCUAAAAGAAAAAAAAA